UGGCAACUAGGAGGGAUUUUGAGGCCUCAAAAGAAAGGCCCUGCUGUUCAACGGUCUCGGAGCCGCACGCUCACUGCUGUACAUGAGGCUAUGCUUGAGGAUCUUGUGAUGCCUGCUGAGAUUGCUGGCAGGCGCAUUAGAUACAGAAUUGAUGGAUCCAAGAUAAUGAAGGAUUUCUUGGAUCCGAAGGAACACAACAGCACAGAGUACGAGUUGGAGGCCUUUUCUGCAGUUUACCGGAAGCUUUCUGGCAAGGAUGUUGUGUUCGAGUAUCCUGUAACUGAGGCCUAGGAAGGCAAGGUGUUGUCGACUUUUAAAUGUUUUUCGCCAAAACUUGUUUUGGGUGGUCUAUUUAGGUUAUGUUUAGAAAAUUUUCCAGUUUUCUAGAAAAUAGAGUAAUUUACAGCUGCUUUGCUACAAGCAAAUGUAAUUUUUUGUUAAAUGUAGGGCUAGUGGGAUGAAGUGAUAAAAAUCAUAGCACGAAUUUCUUCCGUAAAUGUCCAGGUGCUUGACGCCUUCCACUGCCCCACCUUCAACCUGUAGAGUUGGUGUUCAAAUUUUGGAGCUUGUUAAACCACCAGCACCUAGUUGAAUGCUUCAAAAACUUUAGCAAGGAUUCUCAAUUCAACUAUUUAUGC